GGGCUCUGCUAUGCUGUGGUGUGUGCUGCUGCCAUCAGAGCGCUCACUCUGCGCAGCUCCCACUGCAGUCGCAGGCAGCCUCCCUCCUCUCCGUUCUGUCCUCAUUUCUCUCUCUCACACACACACGCGAUGCGGCUCCUGGGCAGCCUGGGCUCACUCUCCUCACUCAUCACCGAAGGAGUAAUGAAGAGGACCACCAUGUAGACAGAAUGCAGACAGAGACAGACUGCAGACGGAGAUAGAAGAUAGAAGAAGCAGAAUGGGAACAUGCAUCUGGAGCGGCUCCCGAUUGACUCACAGUAACAGAAGACCAGACGGGAUCGUUAUUCUCCUGUGGACGUACGCUGCUCCUCUCGUUGCCUCUCUCGUUGCUGGUCUCACUGGUCUAGCUGGCUUCCCUUAGUGUUCUCUGGAUGGUCAUACGGUCGUAAUGGUCUUCUCUCCACACUGUCGCUGACUGAGGGAUCUUAGCUCUGUAUCUCAAAGUGACAAACAGGAUUUAGCUCUCCCUCUGUCUGUCGGCGGACGCUGCAGCAUCUGUCUCUCGCUCUCUCUCUCUCUCUCUCUCUCUAUCGUGUGGUUUUCACCAGUAUCUCCGACGCGUGCCAGUGGCAUUCAUCCCUCUCUUCAUUUCGAGAACCCCUCUUUCUCUCUCUCUCUCUCUCAACCCUGUAAAGUUUUGUCUGUGGUUUGUACUCCAUUCUUCGUCGAGUUACUGAGCAAUACUAGCUAGUCAGUCAUCAUGGGGGACCUGACGAACAGUGAUUAUUACGCUAAGAACCAAAGAAACGAUGGCAGCAGUAACCACGAGGGGGGCUUUGGGGUCUCGGUCAUGGAGCUGCGUGAACUCAUGGAGCUGAGAGGCAGCGAGGCGGUGGUUAAGAUCCAAGAGGACUACGGGGACAUGGACGGGCUCUGUCAACGACUCAAAACAUCACCCACAGAAGGCUUAACAGGAGAUGUAACUGACCUAGAUAAGAGGAAAGAAGUAUAUGGGGAAAACCUUAUACCUCCAAAGAAGCCAAAGACCUUCCUCCAGUUAGUUUGGGAGGCCCUGCAGGACGUGACUCUGAUCAUCCUGGAGGUGGCUGCCCUGAUCUCUCUGGGACUGUCCUUCUAUCAGCCUCCGGGAGGAGACAGCGGAGAAUCCUGUGGGACAGCGGCGGCAGGUGCGGAGGACGAGGGUGAGGCCGAGGCCGGCUGGAUAGAGGGAGCAGCCAUCUUGCUGUCUGUAGUGUGUGUGGUGCUGGUGACGGCCUUCAACGACUGGAGCAAGGAGAAGCAGUUCAGAGGGCUGCAGAACCGCAUCGAGCAGGAGCAGAAAUUCCAGGUGGUCAGAGGUGCUCAGGUCAUCCAGCUCCCUGUUGCUGGAAUCGUGGUCGGGGACAUCGCACAAAUCAAGUAUGGUGACCUGCUUCCAGCGGAUGGAGUAUUGAUACAGGGGAACGACCUGAAGAUAGAUGAGAGUUCACUAACAGGAGAGUCUGAUCACGUCAAGAAAGCAGCCGACAGAGACCCGAUGCUGCUGUCUGGUACCCAUGUGAUGGAGGGUUCAGGCAGGAUGCUGGUAACAGCUGUGGGGGUCAACUCUCAGACUGGCAUCAUCUUUACACUGCUGGGGUCCGGAGAACCAGGGGAAGAGGAGAAGAAGGAGAAGAAAGGUAAAAUACAGGAUGGAAAUAUGGAAAACCACCAGACUAAAGUGAAGAAGCAGGACGGAGCGGCUGCCAUGGAGAUGCAGCCUCUGAAGAGCGCAGAGGGAGGAGAAAUGGAGGAGAAGGAGAAGAAGAAAGCAAAUGUCUCCAAGAAGGAGAAGUCUGUCCUCCAGGGAAAAUUGACCAAGCUGGCUGUUCAGAUCGGCAAAGCAGGUCUGGUGAUGUCAGCCAUCACAGUAAUCAUCCUAGUGCUGUACUUUGCUGUGGACAACUUCGUCCUGCAGAAGAGGCCGUGGCUGACGGAAUGCACCCCCAUCUAUGUCCAGUACUUUGUCAAGUUCUUCAUCAUCGGUGUCACCGUGCUGGUGGUGGCUGUGCCUGAGGGGCUACCCCUGGCCGUUACCAUCUCCCUGGCCUACUCUGUCAAGAAAAUGAUGAAAGAUAAUAACCUGGUCCGCCACCUGGAUGCAUGUGAGACGAUGGGUAACGCUACGACCAUCUGCUCCGACAAGACUGGCACGUUGACCACCAACCGCAUGACGGCCGUGGCGUGCUACGUGGGGGACGUCCACUACAAGGAGAUACCAGACCCUGGACUUCUGUCUGUUAAGUCUCUGGAUAUCCUUGUCAACGCCAUCUCCCUCAACAGCGCAUACACCACCAAGAUACUGCCUGCCACCAAGGAGGGUGGUCUGCCCAUACAGGUGGGCAACAAGACAGAGUGUGGCCUGCUGGGCCUGGUGCUGGACCUGAAGAGAGACUACCAGCCCGUCCGCAACCAGAUCCCAGAGGAGAAACUCUACAAGGUGUACACCUUCAACUCGGUCAGGAAGUCCAUGUCCACGGUCAUCAAACUACCAGACGGCUCCUUCAGGAUGUACAGCAAGGGAGCCUCCGAGAUCGUCCUCAAGAAGUGCACUAAGAUCCUGAACCAGGAAGGUGAGCCGCGGGUGUUUCGUCCCAGGGAUAAGGACGAGAUGGUGAAGAAGGUGAUCGAGCCGAUGGCGUGUGACGGGCUGCGGACCAUCUGCGUGGCGUUCCGUGACUUCCCUGGCGACCCAGAACCGCUCUGGGACAACGAGAACGACAUCCUCAAUGAGCUGACGGCCGUCUGCGUGGUCGGCAUAGAGGACCCCGUCAGGCCAGAGGUGCCUUCUGCUAUUGUGCGGUGCCAGCGUGCGGGCAUCACAGUGCGCAUGGUAACAGGUGAUAACAUCAACACUGCCAGGGCCAUCGCCAUCAAGUGUGGCAUCAUCCACCCUGGAGAAGACUUCCUGUGUAUCGACGGCAAGGAGUUCAACAGGAGGAUCCGCAACGAGAAGGGAGAGGUUGAGCAGGAGCGCAUGGACAAGGUGUGGCCUAAACUGCGAGUCCUGGCUAGAUCCUCCCCUACUGAUAAACACACACUGGUUAAAGGCAUCAUAGACAGCUGCUUGACAGACCAGAGACAGGUGGUGGCGGUGACAGGAGACGGGACUAACGAUGGACCAGCCCUGAAGAAGGCUGACGUGGGAUUUGCCAUGGGUAUAGCCGGUACAGACGUGGCCAAGGAGGCGUCUGACAUCAUAUUAACGGACGAUAACUUCAGUAGCAUAGUGAAGGCUGUGAUGUGGGGGAGAAACGUCUACGACAGCAUCUCCAAAUUCCUCCAGUUCCAGCUGACUGUCAAUGUGGUGGCUGUCAUCGUGGCCUUCACUGGGGCCUGCAUCACACAGGAUUCCCCUCUGAAGGCGGUCCAGAUGCUGUGGGUGAACUUAAUAAUGGACACCUUUGCGUCCCUGGCCCUGGCGACCGAGCCCCCCACCGAGGCCCUGCUGAUGAGGAAGCCGUACGGCCGCAACAAACCGCUGAUCUCCAGCACCAUGACCAAGAACAUCCUGGGACACGGCAUCUAUCAGCUGGUCAUCAUCUUCUCCCUGCUGUUCGUCGGUGAGCAGAUAUUUGACAUAGACAGUGGUCGUCACGCUCCGCUCCACUCCCCUCCGUCAGAACACUACACCAUCAUUUUCAACACCUUCGUCCUCAUGCAGCUUUUCAACGAGAUCAACGCCAGAAAGAUCCACGGAGAGAGGAACGUCUUUGACGGAAUCUUCAGGAACCCUAUCUUCUGUUCCAUCGUCUUUGGAACCUUCGCCAUCCAGAUUGUGAUCGUGCAGUUUGGAGGGAAGCCGUUCAGUUGUACUCCUCUGGAUUUGGAAAAGUGGGGAUGGUGCACCUUCCUGGGUCUAGGAGAGUUGGUCUGGGGACAGGUGAUCGCCACUAUCCCUAACAGCAAGCUGCGGUUCCUGCGAGGGGCGGGUCAGCUGACCAAGAAGAACGAAAUGCCUGGGGACGAGGACAUGAACGAGGACAACGAGGAGAUCGACCACGCAGAGAGAGAGCUGCGACGUGGACAGGUCCUCUGGUUCAGGGGGCUCAACCGCAUUCAGACUCAGAUCGAUGUGGUGAACACGUUCAAGAGCGGCAGCUCCUAUCAGGGCCAGCUGCGGAGACAGUCCUCCACCACCAGUCAGAACCAAGAUGUAACCAAUGUUUCUAGUCCCAGUCACAUUCGCGUCGUGAACGCAUUCCGUAGCUCCCUCUAUGAAGGCUUGGAAAAACCGGACUCCAGACCGUCCAUCCACAACUUCAUGACCCACCCAGAGUUUAGGAUAGAAGACACCACGCCCCACAUUCCCCUGAUAGACGACACGGACCUGGAAGAGGACCCCGCGUUGAGGAUGAUCCCUCAGUCCCAGACAGGCAGCCAGCCACAGUCCCCCAACAAGAACAACAACGCCGUCGACAGCGGCAUCAACCUCACCAUCGACACUACCAGUAAAUCAGCUGCAUCGUCCAGCCCAGCCAGCCCACUGCACAGUCUGGAGACCUCUCUCUAGUGGCCUGCAGCUGGCUGGUGGAGACCUCAUCUGCAACCUUGGAGACACCAUCCCACUGCAGCCUUGGAGACCUCUAACAGCAUCUUCUGACAGCCUGGCUAGUGGAGACCUCCGUCUGCAAUCUGGAGACCUCAUUCAUUGACACUUGGAGACCUUUCUCUACUGCAAUAUAGAGACCAUUCUCUUGAGGCCUGGUGGAGAUCUCUACUGCAGCCUGGUGGCUCCCACACUGCAGUUUGGAGACUUCUGUCUUUCAGUCUCUUGGAUACCUCCUUUGUCUGCAGUUUGGAGACCUUCCUCUAGCCUCAGUCUGUCUCCUGCUCUCUCCUCCUGUACCUGGAGAAAACAUCAUACCACACAUACAAUCAGAAAGCACAACAAAGCCAACACGCGUGACAUGUGUGUGUACUGUAUGUGUGUGUGGUGCGUGUGUGCGUGCGUGCGUGCGUGCGUGUGUGUGUGUGUGUGUGUUUGUGUGUGUGUGUGUGUGUGCGCGCUGCUGACUGACUGAACCAUGUUUCUAGCAGCAGGGAAGAGGAGGACCAGAAAGUGAGUGAAAAACAGUAUAAACUACAGCCCCGCUCCGUCCUCACAUUAACAAUGACUGUAUUGAUAAUAGAUUAAAUUAAAACAUUAUUAUCGCUCCUGCAUGAAUGUACAUUAUCCAGUGUUUUAUUUCAAUAGUUUUUAAUUUGAUUGGGUGGGUGAGAAGUGGAUUGCUUCUUUAAGGCAGCUUUAUCCGAUCGCUGGUCUGUGAGUUCCCUGUGCAGCAUGUGCUUUAACUGUAAAAAUGUAUUUGAUUUAUAAAUGAGACAUGUGUCAAGGUGUUAGGACUCAACAAGCACAGUAGAUUUGCACCUGUUGGAAAAGAGAAACCCAUAAAUAAAUAGCGUUUCUUAAACUUAUGAUAUAUAUAUAUGUGCAUAUAUAUAUAUAUAUAUAUAUAUAUAUAUAUAUACAUACACACACACACAGAGUUUAUCUUUAUUUGUUGGCAUGUUGCCUUGUUUCUGCUUCAAUGGCUCUAACUACUUUAACUUAUUUAUGUCCUUAAGAGAAUGUCAUUUGUUUACAACACCUGUAGAAACUUCCUGGUUAAUUUGUAGGUUUCCAAACCAUUCAGCAGAUGUAGUUGAGAAAAACUCAAGUUGUUUGAGUUCGUUGGUGUUUAUAACAUACAGUGUGUAUUGGACUUGCCUGCUAUCAAAUACUGUAGAUAUUUUUAGAGGAUAACAAAAGAAAACCAAAAUAUUAUGGGAUGUAUAAUUAAUGUUAGUAUUAUAUGAUUGUUGGUAUGAACUCUGAACCUUUGUUUCCAAACAGAGAUGUUAAUAAGACUAAAGGUUUUAUUUCUUUAAUUACAAUUUUUCUUAUUUUUGUUUAUUUUUUUUGUUGUUCAAAGCUUGAAAUUGAACUUAAGUUGAGACUUACUCUGAGCUGAGAGGUCGAACAGGCCUUCUAUAACGGACAUGGUCCUCUAUAUAAAAACUGCUAGUUUUAAGGAUUUUUAUAUUUGAUUUUGUGUGACCAUCAAAGGCUGCGAUGGAUUUAUAUUACAAAUUGCAAACUAAGGUAUAUUUGGCUUAUCUGUAUAGAAAAAUCUAAAAGUUGUGUUGAAAAUCUUGUCAUAUAUUGUGUUGAUUGAUUGUUUUAUUAUUUUGUUGUUUUCCUUUUAAAAAUAAUAAGAAAAAGAUAAAGCUGUUGUCGUUUUUAACGACUAAAAACAACAACAACAACAACAUGUUAUGAUGCUUUGACUUUUUUUCAACAAAAAGAAAAAAAAAAAAAAAUGAAAUUUUCCUCACUAUCAGGAUAUGAAUGAAAUCCCUCUGUGGUGUGCUUUUAGAUGUGUUCCUGUGUGUUUUAACCAAGCUUGUCUUCCUGCCUUCACCAAGUCAACUCUAGCAUCUCAACACUAUUCACUUAGUUGUUAGAACUAUUUAUUGUGCUUUAAAGAAGAAGGAGGAGGAAGGAGAGGACAAAAGGAAGAAGGCACACUUAAACUUACUAUAUAUCAAAAGGCACAGAGGCGUUCAUAGCACACAUUCUUGUGUUAUUGUAAUAUUUCUACAACCAAUUGGAGUCAUUGAAAAGCAUGAUGUAAUAUGUUCAACAUGCAAGUUGAACCAAUCCAAUUGUUCUACUCUAAAUGAAUCCUGUGGUAAUUACACGUUGACCUGAUUUCUCUUUUAUUAAACCAGUUCUGCCGUCAGAUCAGGAGAGGGUUUUCAACACUUAGCUCAGGCCUGUUGAACCAAGCUAAGGACCAUUUCUUGUUUGUUUGUUGUUGAAACAGCUCUAUUUUCAUUCAGAAAUGGUCUAUCUUGACUUCUGCAGUUACUUUUAAAAACCGCUUGAUUUUUGUAUUUUUAUUUUUUUUCUCCUUCGGGUAAAACAUUUUUUUUUACAUCACAUCUGUACAUUCAAGCUAUACGUUCAGAGUUCUAUCAGUAGAGUUCCAUCAGUAGAGUUCCAUCAGUAGAGUUCCGUCAGUAGAGUUCCGUCAGUAGAGUUCCGUCAGUAGAGUUCCGUCAGUAGAGUUCCGUCAGUAGAGUUCCGUCAGUAGAGUUCCGUCAGUAGAGUUCCAUCAGUAGAGUUCCAUCAGUAGAGUUCCAUCAGUAGACUUCCAUCAGUAGAGUUCCGUCAGUAGAGUUCCGUCAGUAGAGUUCCGUCAGUAGAGUUCUAUCAGUAGAGUUCUGUCAGUAGAGUUCUGUUCUAAGAGGACAUACAUACGAUAGUCCAUCCAUCCAGGCUAGUGGGCUGUACUUUACUAAACUCUGCUUGUACUCUACGCAAUUCCUCUAUAGCAGAAUUCAUUAAUGAUCAGGGCCCCGUAUUCACAAAGCAACUAAGGUAUUGGAUCGGUCCCCCCCCCAGAUUACAACUCCUAUUCUGAGACGCUUUGUGAAUAUGGGCCCUGAGCCGUUCUAGUCUCAACCAGACCACCAGGCCCUGUAUUCAUAACGUUUAUCAUAGUAGGAGUUCUGAUCUAGGAUCCGUUUGACCUUUUUAGAUAAUAGUGAAUAAGAUUAUUAUAGAAAAGCGACGGGACCUGAUCCUAGACCAGCAGUCGUACUCUGAAUACUUGGCUCAGACUCUCUCAGUGUGUACAUCAUGUCAACAUACACGCUUCACUAAAACACAUCCAACUAAUAUUAUAAAUAAUAAUAACGAUCAUAAUAAUGACGACACUUCUUGCAAUAUGUCACCUGCCUCUGUGUAUUUUACCUAGCAGCAUGCAUUUAUUUUUUUUGUGUAACAAAGAAAACGUUAAAAUGCCGACGGUGAAAUGUGACAUUCUAGCCGAUUUGAUGGGUAUAAAUGAUAAAUAAGUGUUCCCGGCAUCCUACAUCUUGUUUUUAUGAAUUGUUUUAUCUAUACAAUAAUUGUAAAUAAAGAACUCAAUGUCUUUGUUCAUUUAAUACUAUGCAAAAAGUCAUGCUUUCUGAUUGUAACCCCCCCCCAUGUUUGUGGUCUCAAAAGUCAGUAAAAAAAAAUGUGAUGUAAAUUAUUUUCUAGCUUGACGAACGUUAUACGAACUGUGACUCUUGUUGCUGCUUGACUGUCCAUUACCACGACUCCCAAGACAGGAGCAAGCGCAAGUGAAAAAGAAAUUAACAAUGAAAAAAAAAUCACCAAAUAAAUUUCUAGAGCAGCAUGAACCAGAUUGGUGUUA